GACCGCCUGCGCCUCGCCCUGUCGCGCAGCCUCAGCGAGCCGGGCCCCAGCAUCCUCCCCGUCGUCCUGCCCUCGCCCGUCACCCCCACCUCGUCGCCGCCCAAGCGCUGCAAGCUGGAGUCCCCGGCACGCGGCGGCGCCGUGGCCGCGGACUGCGACGACGCCGAGGCGCUCGCCAAGGUGCUGGAGCGCGUGCGGCCCCUGGACUCCGACGGGCUGGUGCGGCGCCUCGGCGACUGCGUGCUGCUGGACUGCCGCGCCUUCCUGGCGUACAACGCGUCGCACAUCCGCGGCGCCGUCAACGUCAACUGCACCGACAGGCUGAACCGGCGGCGCCUGCAGCAGGGCCGCGCCUCCCUGGCCGAGCUGGCGGGCUCCAAGUGGCCGUGCUCGUCGCGGUCCCCGCGGCAGGUGGUGGUGUACGACGACUCGAGCGCGCUGCUCGACCGCCUGCCGCCGCAGCACCCUCUGCUCCUCGUGCUCGCCGCCCUCGUCAAGGACGACAGGGACCCCGCCUUCCUCGUCGGCGGCCACCGGGAGUUCCACCGGCGCCACCGGGAGCUGUGCGAAGACGCGCUGCUGACGGGGGCGGACGCGCGGCCCGAGAGCCCCCCGCUGGACAUCGACUCGGCGCCGCCGUCGCGGCUGCUGCCCCACCUGUUCCUGGGCAACGCGCAGGACGCGUCGCUGCGGUCGCUGCGCCUGCUCGGCGUGGACUGGGUGCUGAGCGUCACGUCGGCGCCGCCCGGCGUCUCGGACGAGUCGUACCUCGCGGCCGGCGUGCGCCACCGCACCCUGCUCGCCCGGGACUGCUCGCAGCAGAGCCUGCGCGCCCACUUCCAGGACGCCUACACCUUCAUCGAGGAGGCCCGCUCGUCCGGCGGCGUGGUGCUACUGCACUGCCAGGCCGGCGUGUCGCGGUCCGCGGCCGUGGCCAUCGCCUACCUGAUGCGGUCGCGGGGGCUGUCCAUGGCGGAGGCCUACCAGCAAGUCAAGGCGGCCCGUCCAAUCAUCUCGCCGAAUCUCAACUUCAUGGGGCAGCUGCUGGAACUGGAGCAGAGCCUGGCGCGCAGCCCCACCUCGAGCAGCUCGAGCUCCGGGCCGCUGUCCCCGCUGUCGCCUCUGCCCUGCAGCCUGGACAGCUUGGACAGCAGCAGCCCCGGCUCCAGCCCCGCGGGCAGUCCGACGUACAGCCCGGUCGCCAGCCCGGACCCCAGCUGCCACCAAAGCCCCCUGCUCGGCCUCGCCCCAGUCUCGCGCCAGCCGCGCCCCCAGCGAGCCGUCGUCCUCCUCCCAGGGCGGGGACGCCCCCUCACUUGCCCCCGCCGCCCCCGCUGCGGCGUCGACAUGACCCAAGCCUCCGAGCCGCGACCCUGCCGCCAUGGCCGCCUGCGCCUCGUCGGGCACCUCGGCGUCGUGGGUCGCGGCGGCGGCGCCUGACUGUGAUACUGGCCCGCGGACCCUGCUGCCCCGCACGCACCGCACCUCGGCGCGAACCCCCCUCAGCAUCAACCUGCCCGUCAGCCUGCCCGGCCUGCCCGGCCUGCCCUCCGCGCUGCGGGUCUGCCGAUACGGCCUCGGCUUCGGCAUUGGCCUCGGCAGACUCCUUCGGCGCGGCCUCGUUGGCGUGCUCCGCGCGCUGGUCCUCACCUUGCCGGCCCUGGCGGUGCCAAGGCUGCUGUGCCGGGGCGGCCGGGGCGGCCGGGGCAGGGCUGCGGCUGUGGCGGGUCUCCUCCGCGGUGGGGACGAACUGGUAUGAGGGCAGUGUGUUCACGGGACCUUAUUCUUACUAUUUAUUGUAAUUUGUAAUUGUCUUAAUUGUCCUCGCCUUCCCAUCAUCAGUUGGUGCCAUUUUGUAUCAUUUGUUUGUCUUUGUAAAACUGAUGGAGGUGUAAGUGAAACGUAUUGUAUUUUGAAGCUGAAAUGACCUUUGUGUUUGUAGGAAGAAAAUGGCAUGUAAUUGCAGUUGUAAAUUUGAUUUUGGAAUCAAAAAAGGAGUACGAUGCAUGCAAAAAUGUUACCAACAUUAUGAAAGUGGCAACUCUUGAUGGCUGCCUGUAUGUGUUGUUUUUUAGCGUUUUUUUUUUUUUUUUUUUUUUUGCCAUUGCCAUUGUGCCCGGUCUUCCAUCGGAGUUCUGUCAUGUGCCAUUUGUUCCUAUCACAUUACGUAUGCAAUUUUAGUUUUCGUAUUCACUAUAGUUAUGAAUUUUCAACAUCAAUAUGUGUCUGCUUGUUUCCAAAUGGUGUCUUUCUUAACUAUGUGAAUUUAUUGGGAGAUUUAAAUCUCCUGUAGAAUCAUGGGUUCUCAUUGAUUACGUAUCUCUAAAGGAAUGCGUGAAUAGUUUGGUUUCAUUUGGCACAAUAAAAGAAACAGAAACACAAAGAAGCAAGAACCCGAACACUGUAGUCAUUCAUUAUAAGACAUGUCUCACUGGAAGGUCCUAGUUACGUGAGGAAAAUGAAUCUAGUCGUCAAAGUUGGGAAUAUGGCUGUGUAUUGGUCAGGGUGGGCAUCCCCUUGGUACAUAUCAAUCCACCCUAACUUUGUCUUUCACACAUUGUCCCUAGUUGUGGUUUCUCUCUGCCCCAUUAUCUCCUUUGUUGCAAUAUCAGUAGUGUAGAUCAAAACUCACCUGUGAAAUUGACAUUGCACAUUCCUGUUGAGGGAAAUUAAAAUUUUGAACUUACUGAUGAUGUACUUAUAGAUAGUAUUUAUUUGAUUUGGUUGAUAAAUGUAGUGUAGGGCAAAUUGUGUUCUAACAUUUUAAUCCUAGCGAAGUGUGACCUGUGUGUAACCCAUCCUGACUGUAUCCCUUGAUGCAAGACAUUUGCGAUAGCCUGCCAGUCAGUAACUUUUCGCAACAGCAAAGUUGCCAACUCUUCUUACAAUUUUGUUCCCUCUGUUUCUGGAGGGAAAUCCAGUAGACUUCACAGCUGGAAAAAUGGUUGCAUUGUAUUGCCUGCUACACAAAACUAAAAGUUUGAAUAUAUGAUUGUGGGAAAGUUCCACUAACUCUUCCCAGUGACAUUCUUUGAUGAACCGUUGUGUAGUCCCACUUUAGGACAAAACUUGAAAAGUCUGAAUAUUCUCUAUAUAAGUAUUUUAACUGGGCAUCGAGUUGUUUUACAAACCAUUGCCCUUGUUCUGGCUGUAUGUGCACGAGUGUUAAUUUGGUUGGAAUAUCGUGCCUUCAGGAUCAAAAGGGUUAAAUUGUAUAAAAGUGUGUACAGUAGAUUGAAAGUGGGGCUUGUGAUAUGCCGAGUGUUAAGAACAUAACACACCCUACUAAUGUGUUAAUCAUGAAAAAUAUAUCUAUUUAGUAUGAGAUUUGAAA